GCAGACGAUUCGUGACGUCACGCUCCGCCAUUGCUCGUUGUCUGUCUGGAUGAAAAAAGCGUGGAUUUAAUUUGUUUUUCGUCGUUAAACUGGUGAUUUAUUUAAGUGAACUCCAGGGCGAGUCUGUUGAUUAGAAGCGGAGAAUUGACUAUGGAUACUUGGUGCCUAUUGUAUGUGAUUAUUCGGUAGCAAUUGUGAUAAAGAGCCGUUAAAUGUCCAGUGGUGGUGGAGGUGGGGACGAGAAAAAGAUGGCUGGUGAAGUUGAAGAGAAUCUGUCGAGGAGAAAUUCUCUUCAAUACGACGCCGAUAUUGGUGCAAAAAAAAAGAAAGCAACUGGCUUUCAAAUUACAAAGGUUUCGCAGCUAGUAUCCGACUCCGCUAACUCAGCCGGUAAACACUCUAGUCUUUCGAAUCCGAAUGAUUUAGACGCCGACGAAAGUCUAGACGAAGAUCUUACAGACAGUACAAAAACAGAGGAAACGUCCAAAGAAAUGAAAACAACUGAAUCUGUUGAUACUGAAUCUGAAACGAUUCUUUACGAUGUUGCUCAAAAAACAUCAGCUAUUAAAGGCGAUACACAAUCACGAUUUAAAAUUAUUAAAUUACAAAGCCGAAAUCCAUAUAAAAAAGGUAGAUGGACCUGUCAAGAUUUCCCGGAUCCACCGCCAGCUUCCAUGAACAUCGAGAAAUUGUCGGACCCUCGAGGUGAUGAUGUUUCCGAAACUUCAUCAGCAAGCGACAGCUCAAAGAAUCCUAUCAAUAUAUCACAUCAAUUGCAGCCAACAGACAGUGUUCUGGAACCAAUACCUCAGUUGCCCCCAGCAGACUAUACCUAUCCACCAGAACAAGCCAAAGAACAACAGACAGAGGUUCUUGAAGCUGUUGAAUCGGGCUCUGAUUCAAAUGUGGAUGAACCACCUGCCUAUCCAGUUGAAGUUGUGAUUCCAGUUGAAUCAGAUAAUCUUGCUAGUAAAAAAAGCAGUAAUUCUAAUGAAAAUUCAAGCGUCGAAGUUCCGUUAGAAGAACGAGAUCACUUGAAAACUAUUGACAAACAAAAUAGUGGUGUUGAUCAGUCAUUCAGGUUACCUUUGGCGCAGAUUGUCCACAGUGGCAUUGAAAAAGAGGGGUAUGUAUUUGUUUAUAUUUUGUUUUACCAAAAUCUCGGUCACUUGUACGUAAGGCCAUUCUUUGAUUGUGUAAAUUUGUGUAAACCUAGAUAA